AUGGCGAAGCGCGUCCUCGUCACCGGCGGCGCCGGCUACAUUGGGACUCACACCGUGCUCCAGUUGCUCUUAGGCGGUUACCGCGCCGUCGUCGUUGACAGCCUGGACAACUCCAAUCAACUCGCCCUCCGCCGAGUUAAGGACCUCGCCGGCAAGCACGCCGAUAAUUUGUCUUUCCACCAGGCCGAUCUAAGGGACAAAUCUGCUCUGGAGAAGAUUUUCACGGGGGCAAAAUUUGAUGCUGUCAUCCACUUUGCUGGACUGAAAGCAGUUGGCGAGAGUGUUGAGAAUCCCUUGUUGUAUUACAACAACAAUAUCAUUGGAACAAUUGCUUUGCUGGAAGUAAUGGCUGCCCAUGGAUGCAAGAAUCUUGUCUUCUCAUCUUCAGCCACUGUUUACGGUUGGCCAAAGGAAGUGCCAUGUACAGAAGAAUCUGCAAUCAGUGCAAUGAACCCAUAUGGGCGUACCAAGCUUUUCAUUGAAGAUAUUUGUCGUGAUGUCUACCACUCAGACUCAAAAUGGAAGAUAAUUUUGCUGAGGUAUUUCAAUCCGGUUGGCGCCCAUCCAAGUGGUAAGAUUGGUGAGGAUCCACGUGGAGUCCCGAACAACCUCAUGCCCUAUGUGCAGCAAGUUGCUGUUGGCAGAAGACCUCAUCUAACUAUCUUUGGGACUGACUACAAGACCAAGGAUGGAACUGGGGUCCGUGAUUACAUCCAUGUUGUUGAUUUGGCGGAUGGCCACAUUGCUGCAUUGCGUAAGCUGGAUGCACCCAAUAUAGGUUGUGAGGUAUACAACUUGGGAACAGGGAAAGGAACAUCAGUAUUGGAGAUGGUUGCAGCAUUUGAGAAGGCAUCCGGAAAGAAAAUCCCUCUAGUAAAGGCUGGACGGCGACCCGGGGAUGCUGAAAUAGUGUACGCAUCAACAGGGAAGGCAGAACGUGAAUUGAAUUGGAAGGCCAAAUUUGGAAUUGAAGAAAUGUGCCGGGACCAAUGGAACUGGGCCAGCAACAACCCUUACGGCUACAGUUCAUCGGACGCCCCUAACGGAACCAAGUAG